CGGGGCUCACAAAGCUUCUCUCAGCCGCCAGACCUCGCACGGAAAGGACGUACGCUGCCGAGGUCCCCAUAUUUCACCUUGUAACGCCCUACACUCCCUCCACACACACCAUGGCGGACCAGGAGAUGGAGAACCAGGACUUCUCCGAGGACUACUCCGGCGGCGACUUCCAGGGCAACGGCAUGGAGAACGGCGAGGGCAUGGCCACAGAAGACAAGGCGGGCGGCGGAGGCGGCGCUGACAGCGGCGCCGCCGACGCCCCGGGCCGGGACGACGACAGAAAGUUGUUUGUGGGCGGCCUCAGCUGGGAGACACAAGAGAAGGAGCUGAGAGAACACUUCAGUAAAUAUGGCGAAAUUGAGAGCAUAAACGUCAAGACAGACCCCAACACCGGCCGAUCGAGAGGAUUUGCCUUCAUUGUGUUCAGCAACACAGAAGCCAUCGACAAGGUGAUCAAUGCGGGCGACCACGUCAUCAACGGCAAGAAGGUUGACCCCAAGAAGGCGAAGGCGAGGCACGGCAAGAUCUUCGUGGGUGGCCUCAAGCCAGACCUCAGCGAUGAUGACAUCAAGAACUACUUCGGCAAGUUUGGCAACAUCGUGGAGGUGGAGCUGCCAUUCGACAAGCAAAAGAACCAGCGCAAGGGCUUCUGCUUCAUCACCUUCGAGCAGGAAGCGGUGGUGACGGACCUCCUCAAGACCCCCAAACAGAACAUCAACGGCCACGAAGUCGACGUCAAGAAGGCCACGCCCAAGCCCGACGCGAUGGGCAUGGUGCGCGGGGGCAUGCGGGGAGCCAUCCGUGGCACGCGGGGCGGUGCCGUGCGGGGCCGAGGCCGGGGCUGGAGCAACAGUUGGAACCAGGGAGGAUACGGUGGCUACGGACAGGGAGGCUACGGGGGCUAUGAAGUGCUCCCUCCCACAGGCGGUUAUGACUACGGCUACAGUGGGUACGGCGGGUAUGGGGGUUACGGAGGCUACGGCAGUGACUAUUAUGGCUAUGGCGGCGGCGGAUAUGGUGGAUAUGGCCCUUACCAGGUGGCAGCCAAGGCUACGACGGGAAGAGUCAACGCGGGAGGCAACAGACGAGGCACCAACCCUAUUGAGGGGGGAGGGGGCCGCCGCGACCACCACCACCAUAACCAGCACCACCACCACCACCAUAACCAGCAGCAGCAGCAACAGCAUACGUGGAAUGGUACAAUGUAUUGAGGGGACGCACCCAGCCCUCCAGCCACCCCACCUGACCUGACCUCACCUCAGAGACUAUAGUUCCCUCCUUACCAUCCCACAUCCCUGAUAUUACCCCUCCAUGCCCUCCAUAUCCUCCCCCUCUUCCUCCUCCUCCUCCAUACCUAAGUCCAUGUUGCCACCUUAUCUAAAAGUAUUUAUACAAAAAAAUACAAAAAAACUUGUGAAUCAUCUUCGCAAGACCACAAAAAAACGUUUCUUGUGAAUCAUUCCUGUUGUACAGAGGCGCUCUGUACUGCGGACAGUUAUGAAAAAAAAUUACCUUUUUUUUAUUCUUUGUUUUAUUAUUUUUUAAUAUAUUUCAAGGCUGUACAUGUAUGAAUAAACCGAUUUUUGUGUAC